ACCAGCAUAAUAAAAAUAGCCUAUGAAUCUACAUACCUAGACUAUACAUGCUAUAUAUAUACUAGACUAUUAGAGCUAGCUAGCUAGCUAGAGGACAUCGACAACAACCCGUAAGUACCUGCAGCUACCUCUGGUGGAAGUGACAAAAUGGCAGUUAUAUCCAUUCAUUCCUCAAGGCUCGUUUUAUCUCAAGCUCUCAGAAAUGCUGGAAUCAGUGGAGAAUUGACAUGCAAACAAAAGCAUCAAGUCUCACAAAAUGCAAAAACUCUUCUGAACAAUAUACCGAAUGAUGACCGAAAAGAUUGCGAUAAUCAGAGAAAUGGUCCGUUGUUGAAUAUAACUCACCAGUACACAUACCACACUCGACAGUUUUAUCCCAUGACAUCACCCGGACCCAUAGUCCUACAAGUGCAGCAGAGGGGAAGAAGAUCUCUGCACACUGGUACCUGUAGCCUGGCUGCUGUGAGUAAACCGUUGCUCUCGUCGCGAAGGGGAAAGCUAUCUAAUCUAGAAGACGCUAAGCAGUAUGUGGCCUCUUUGACUGUGGUGCAGAAAAGCACACUAGAGAAAGCUCUUGAGGAAACGAGGGUCGAUGUUGAUAUAACGGAAGAUGCCAUUCAUUAUCACGGAGUAGCAGUACCCAAUAGAAACCAGCUCAAAUUAUUGUGCUAUCAGAGUGCUCUGCCGUUCAUUGGAUUUGGUUUCCUAGACAACGUCAUCAUGAUCACAGUGGGUGAGUACCUAGACUGGACCCUGGGGCUGACACUAGGUAUCUCCACAAUGGCAGCUGCUGGCCUUGGAAACAUGAUCUCUGAUCUGGCAGGGCUCGGCUUGGCAGACCAGGUGGAAGCCGCUUGCUUACGACUGGGUAUUCCAAAUCCUAAACUCUCAUCUACUCAACUCAAGCACAAGUCAUCGAGAUGGUCCAUUUUACUGGGGCGCUGUGUUGGCAUUGCCAUUGGCUGCACCAUAGGCAUGGCUCCCCUGUACUGGAUUGAUAACCCGCACAAAAACAAAGAUCACGAACACAGUGACGAAUAACUCUUUACACACAAUAUAUCAUAAAUAUUUUGUACACAAUCAACAAAAAAUGUGGCUGUUCUAUUAUUAGUUUUGUCUAUUGACGUUCUGUGCUGCUAUGCAAGUUUUGCACUAGUUUCAUUUUGUUGAAAACUGC